AUGCCACCAUACUUCGAUUAUCUCUUCCGUUCCUUUUCCAUACAUGGUGUAUGUGUGUCGAUCAUCCCAGCCAUGUCGGUAUUUACAAUCGUCCAUCGAGCCCUACCACCACUAUCCCUCCCCUGGAAGCGACGAACAAGUCUAAAAGGCAAAACCCCCGAGCUGGAAACUCAUCUCAAUGAAAAGAAUCCCAUCCUAGCAGACCCCAACAGCUGCCCCCAUGCCCAGAACAAUGAAUCCAUAUCCAUGCACUGUGAUGUCCACGGCCACGUGCACGUAGCGGUGAAGGCAAACGCGCACCACAACGCACCCACCCCGCAAUCAACAUCAUCUGCGCCGGAAAACAUCGCGGGUGCAGCGCCGGAUUCAUCUUCCGAGGGCCGGACACACUGUUCCAGCCAGGCGCGUCCGACGCGGGCCCAGCUCGCUCGCGCUGUUAGUUGGGCGAGUAUUAUCCGCAGUCGAGACCGGUGGACAGCCGAGCAGGAGAGGGAGCUUGUGCAUGCGCAGAAACAGCUGGAGAGGUGUCAGAAGGCAUGGAGUUCUGAGCAGGAGGUGUGGUUAUCAUAUGUCCAGGCCCUGAGCGAAGAAAAGGAAGCCCAUGAUUAUUUCCUGUCUAUGCGGCAUAGACAGCAGGACGACGAGCAGCAUCAAUUCCGUAAGGCGUGGAAGCGGCGACGAUCUUCAUCAGGUGACGAUGAGAUGCAGCAGUCUGUGGUCGAGACUGCGAAUCGACUUGGCAGGUUGCGUCGCUUGCAGCGGUAUGGCUAUUCUGGGCAGCGGUUGGGCACGACGAGAUCGGCAGUGUUGACUGUGGAGGGAUGA